CAGUUCUGGCUAGAGUCCCGGUGCGCACGGACGUGGCUCGAGUUUCCUCCGCUCUGGGCUCCUGCUAGCUUUCCCCUCUCUCGCUCCUCCUCCUCUCCGGGUCUCCCGCUCCAGUUCUACCGGGUCUGCCCCGCACGGCUCCGGGAAGCCAUGGAGGAUGUCACGCUCCAUAUCGUCGAGCGUCCAUAUUCCGGAUUUCCCGAUGCUUCCUCUGAGGGCCCAGAGCCCACCCAAGGGGAGGCACGGGCCACGGAGGAGCCGUCGGGGACCGGCUCCGACGAGCUGAUCAAGUCGGACCAGGUAAACGGUGUGCUGGUGCUGAGCCUUCUGGAUAAAAUCAUCGGCGCCGUUGACCAGAUCCAGCUGACCCAAGCCCAGCUGGAGGAGCGACAGGCGGAGAUGGAGGGCGCUGUGCAGAGUAUCCAGGGAGAGCUGAGCAAGCUGGGCAAGGCGCACGCCACCACGAGCAACACCGUGAGCAAGUUGCUGGAGAAGGUGCGCAAGGUCAGCGUCAACGUGAAGACCGUGCGCGGCAGCCUGGAGCGCCAGGCCGGCCAGAUAAAGAAACUGGAGGUCAACGAGGCGGAGCUGCUGAGGCGCCGUAACUUCAAAGUCAUGAUCUACCAGGAUGAAGUCAAGCUGCCGGCCAAACUGAGUGUCAGCAAGUCUCUGAAAGAGUCGGAGGCGCUGCCGGAGAAGGAGGGUGACGAGCUGGGCGAGGGCGAGCGGCCCGAGGAGGACACCGCGGCGAUCGAGCUGUCGUCCGAUGAGGCGGUGGAGGUGGAGGAGGUGAUCGAGGAGUCCCGCGCCGAGCGCAUCAAGCGCAGCGGCCUGCGGCGCGUGGACGACAUCAAGAAGGCCUUCUCCAAGGAGAAGAUGGAGAAGACCAAGGUGCGCACGCGCGAGAACCUGGAGAAGACGCGCCUGAAGACCAAGGAGAACCUGGAGAAGACGCGGCACACGCUGGAGAAGCGCAUGAACAAGCUGGGCACGCGCCUGGUGCCCGUGGAGCGACGCGAGAAGCUGAAGACCUCGCGCGACAAGCUGCGCAAGUCCUUCACGCCCGACCACGUGGUGUACGCUCGCUCCAAGACCGCCGUCUACAAGGUGCCGCCCUUCACCUUCCACGUCAAGAAGAUCCGCGAGGGCGAGGUGGAGGUGCUGAAGGCCACCGAGAUGGUGGAGGUGGGUCCCGAUGACGACGAGGUUGGCGCGGAGCGCGGCGAGGCCACUGACCUGCUGCGCGGGAGCAGCCCCGACGUGAAUACGCUGCUGGAGAUCACCGAGGAGUCGGACGCCGUCCUGGUGGACAAGAGCGACAGCGACUGAGCAGGACUCGCGGGGCUCUGCCCUGGAGGCCGGCGCCUGACCCUGCCGCUUCCUGACCCCCACCCCUGCCCACCACCUUUCUCUUUUCAUACUUUCUCUUUUGCAUUCUAAGCCCCAGUCUGGUUGGGCAUUUUGUUUUUUUUUUUUAAGCGGGGAAUACACAGCCCCUGAAAGAGCAGCCCUCCAAAGCACAGGCCUUAGACCGAGGGGAGGUGGUCUCUCACCGAGGACGGCUGCAAUUUGGACACAGUCUGGGUAGGAUUCGGGAAGAAUGACCCAUGCCCUGGCUGUCCUGGUCCAGGAUGCUUUUUCUUUUCUUUUCUUUUCUUUUUUUUUUUUUUUUUUUCAGGAUGCUUUUUCUUAGCCCUCUCUUUAGGCCUUAUGAGGGAUCUACCUGCUCCUCGGCUCCUCCCCCAACACAGCUUCAUACUCAGCCGCACCACCCUGCUUCUUGAGCUGUUUCUCCUUUUCCUCACCCUGGGAAACUCCAAAGCCAAGAUUUCCGCAAGAGGAAAGAGCGAAUCCUAAAGACAACCCUUGUAGGGGCAGCCUUCUAGGGCCAGCUUGCUCUCCCAGGUACCUGAGAGGCUGAGGCAGGAGACUUGCAAGUUCAAGGCCUUGUCUGGGCAGCAGAGUGAGCUCAAAGCCAACCUGAGUAAUUUAGCCAGACGCUGUUUCAAAAUAAGAAGAGGUGGCGGGAGUGUAUCACUGAUAGAGCCCUUGCUUAGAAGGAGGGGGCAGGCAAUUCAAAGUAUCACGAAGAUGAAAUGUGUGAAGGGAGACCUUUGCCCACACUAGAAGUGGCCCACUGGAAGGUCUGAGGGUCUUUGAAGGAACCUAAGGCAAUAGGGUGGGGUAAAGUGUGACUCUGGAUAAAGGUCCCACCAAUAAGCAGGAGGCGAAUAGAGCCUGGGAAAGGAUGGUAGGUUGUGGGGAAAGGGGCACAUUUACAAAUCUAUAAAAUCUGCACACAGGAGCACGUGAGUGUGGCUUUGGGAAGAGAGAGGAAGAUAGGAGAGAGUUGUAAUGGAAUGAGAAAGAAAUGCCCUCAUUAGCAACACAAAGGAAUUCAAGACGAGAGUCCUGCUUUGGUAGGAUCUCAGGACGGCAGGACAGUUUCUGGAUCAGGAGAGCAGUCAGUUCUAGAAAAUGUGUUCCAAAGAAAAGUAAGCCAGACUGGAUUCUCUCUUUCACGAUCUGGGAACUGCCUCCCGCGAAGCCUUGUUUUCCAAGCCCAGAAAAUUGGGGUUCCAGCAGGGGGCAGCAGCGAGCUGUGGAGAGUUGGCAGUUAGGCAGGAGGGAGAAAGCAAGAUGCUAAAAGGCCAGGCCCAGAGCAGAGUCCCUGGCUUGAAGCUGAGGAAGAAGGACCUGCUGGCUUGCCCAAACUCCCUCUCCGCUGCUUCUAGCAUGGAAUUCUCCCUAAUGUAAAACUGUAGAACUUCCCAAGACCUCCCUAAAUCCUUGCCUUUGGGGGCACCUUUUCCUGAAAGUUGGGGACAGUGGGGUGCUGCUUCUUGUCCAAGACCUGAUCUCUAUAGUUUCUGACCAGGUUUUCUCCUGAGGACACAUUGGUUCCCUCUUUAAAGGCUGGUCAGAAGCAAAGGCAACACCUCCCCCAAAUGACAGUUACAGGCUACUUCCUUCUCCCCACCAAUGUGUCUUCCCUGCUUUUUAGACUUGCAGCUUAUUGAUAUUUGGGGGGUGGGUAUGGAAACCACAAACCUUUUAUACAAUACGAAGCUUUGCUUUUCAUUUUUUAUUUUUAAUUUUCCUUUUUUUUUCUUGGUCCCAUUCCCUCCUCCGAAUGAUUGGAGACAGAAGCUGAGGAGGGUGGGGAGUGUAGGAUGAGGUCCCUUGUGCUGAUGGGCUAACACUGUGGGCAGAUGCAGUUUCCUGCAUCUCUAGGGGAGCCCCUCGAGUUGCUGUGUUCUGGUGAGCAGCCGGACCAAUAAACCUGCUUUUCUAAAAGGA